GAGUAAGUAAUUUUGCAAUUCUAUUAUAAUACUUAUACGAUCAAAAACAAAAUAUAUAAAAUAUAUAAAAUACUACCAAAUGGGGAAUGAUGGAGGGACUAUUGCUAAGCGUCAAGAUAUCUUAUCGUUGCAUUCACUGCUUCGGAAUUUAGAAUCAAGGCAAGAAUUACUUAAUGAAAAUGAAAGUACACUACUAACAACUUGUGCUAUAUCUUCAUUACCAUUAUAUUCUACAAAGGGUCAUAUUGUACCUAUAGUAGGAGAUUAUAAGGGGAAACUUUAUAUAAAAGAAAAGAUCUUGGAAUAUAUAAUUAAAAGGAAAAUAGAUAAAUCAUUACCUAAUCCAGCAUUUGCUCAUAUUAAUUCUUUAAAGGAUUUAAUAGAUGUUACAAUUCAAUGGAUAUAUCAAGAUGGGGUAUGGAUAAUUCAAUGUCCUGUAACUAAAGAACUGAAGGCUUCUAAGGCAACAUAUGCAUAUUUACGUCCUUGUGGAUGUGUAAUGUCUAACAAAGUAUUGGAAGAAAUAUCUAAAACUUCAUCAAAGGAACUUCCAUAUGAAAGUCUAUGUCCUGUUUGUGAUAAACUAUUUAACUUUAAUUAUGAUAUAGUUAUAAUCAACCCAUUGAACAAUGAAAAGAGUAGUAAAUUUAAUGAAACUAAUUAUAGAUAUAUUAGUGAAGUUUUAGGUUUGACUCAUAGUAAAGAUAUUAAGAAGAAGAAAUCAAAAUCUAAGCUGGUGAAUAAACGAAAAUUACAAGAAGUUGACGAAUCAGAAGCUAAAAAACUGAAGAGUCAUGCGUAAUGAUUAAAAAGUAUUUAGGAAGACAUUAUAUAGUAAUAAUGACGUAUAUUGUCAGAGGUGAUGUUUAAUAUAAUUUUAAAUAAUGAUUUUAAUCAAUUAUA